GUUGGAUAGACUGAAGUGCAGCCUGAUUUAAUACAGGACCGUCUUCUCUGUCUCCGGAUAGACAGUUGGAGAGGCGGAGGAGGAGGAGAGGCUGCAGUCCAGUAAUAUGGAGGAGGGUUCUGGGGAGAAGGUCCCUGGGUCACGGCGGCGGACAUCGACUGGCAAGAUGACUGUCAUCAACAUCUCUGUUCCACCAUUCACUCAAUACAGUGACUCGAAGGCAGGCCAGAGCUACUAUCUCAACCUGGCGUUUCGUGUGGCUGUCCUCAUGAGCCAACACCUUGUUGACAGAGUUCACACCACUGUAGCUGCUUCUCUCUCCUCCCGUGAGGGAAGGGAGACCGUGGACUCUGACCUCCGAAGGCCCUGGGAGGAGAGCUAGUGAUGGAGGUUCUGCCGGCAGUGAGGGUGUGGCUGGAGUGGGUGGACAGACAAGAGGGUAUCUGGACUCCUCUCCUCUCCUCAACCAACAAGACACACCUAAGAGCUCUUCUCCUCCAACUGAGUCAGACCCUGUCAUUACUUCCAACAACAGAGUUAGUUGUGGUUGGCCCAGAGUGGGCGGGGCUCUGGGAGGACGGAAUGUUGAUGGGGUUCAUGCCACUCAAGGCAGAGGUUUCCACGGAGACGUCGUUGGCCACGCCCUCUCUGUUCAAACUGACAUCCGAGCAAAUAAAAGAACAAAAUGCUCUGAGGUUUACACUGCUCUCUCGGACAUGUGAUCGGCUCACAAGCCAUGCCCACUGUAACGAGGUGGACAGAGCCCCGAAUGGAGAGAGGAAUGGAGGAGAAGAGGUGGUGAAGUUUUCUCUGUGGAUGGCUUCAGUGAGGAGGAGGAAGGGGGAGGAAGAGGGGGAGGAGGGGGAGGAGGGGGAGAGAAGGACAAAUGAGUCAGGGGUGAGAGUUGAACCACUGGAUGAUGCCAAAGAUGCCAACAUCCAAAGAUUGAAAGCGGAAAAGGAGAGACUGAGUCACGAGAUAGAGCAGCGCAGCCAAGUCCUUACCACUACACAGACGGUGCUACAGGAGGCAGUGGCUGUGGGGGAGAGAGAGACUGUGGUGUGUGCUCGCUUUCUCGUCCCCGACACCAACGGCUUUGUGGACCAGCUGGGAAGCAUCAGGGCACUCGUGGAGUGUGGACACUUUGUUCUGGCCGUGCCUCUUAUUGGUGAGUUGGAUUAG